AUGACACCACUUCUGCCGUCACCGGGUUCUUGCCAUCCCACAACGCUACCGAAACUGAAUCCCGAUCAAGAGUUGUCGUUGUCAGAAUGCGAAAAACGGUCUAAAACACUAGAUUGUAGGACUGGAGCAAGCUGUGUACUGGCCAGAUCGUCUAUUUUCGUUUACGGCGGCUUCACGAUUCCAUUAGAAUUGACAGAGGUAAAUUCGGUAUCAAUACAGCAGGAGCUUAUACUAUUUUUUGCGCGCAAACGCAAACACACAAGUGGAUUCCAGAACUUGGCAGAAUGGAUCAGCCAAGAAGUCUUCCACUUGGACCUCAUAUCACGAAAAUGGGAGCUAGUGGACACUGAAAGUGACCCGCCAAACUCAGAAGAUGAGUCAACGCAAUUGGUUAUGAAAGAACGUGUAUUCCAUUCUAUGUGCUACCAUGAUGGCCAUCUGUACGUUUUCGGUGGGCUGGUCGUUUCGCCGCAAUCGGGGUACGAACUCAUAGCCUCCAAUGAACUUUGGGCCUUGGAUCUGCGUACAAAGGUGUGGAGACAGAUUAGCUGCAACCCCUGCAUUGCAAGGCGUUUCAAUCAUAACAUGCACAUAGUUCCGGGUCCUGAGGAUGAAGAUGAUACACAUCUGUAUAUUGUCGGUGGGCUCAAUAAUUUGGAUCGUCCCAUACACGUCGUCGACAUAUAUAACUUGACUCAAAACCGAUGGGAAUCGUUGGACGAUGAAAGAUCGAUUGCACAGGUAAUAACUACCAAUAUCGAUGGGCGAAACACUCCUCUCUUACAAAAUUCCAAUUUCUCACUAUUAAUUAGGGAUCAGGCUACGAAUAAUCCACUCAUCGUCAGCUACGCCCCUAGCGACGACUCAGAGGAAGAUGCCAACCCUGUCGUCAUCCAGCCCUUGAAUCCGGGCCCUAACGGUAAGAGGAUGCCCGCUUUCAAAAGACGCGGUAGCAGAGACGCUAAACACUACAAGGCACCUUUUCAUUUGCAACAUCCAUCUGGCGAUUAUUUUGGCCAUAACAUUAUCAUCACUGGUUUUUAUCCAGACUUUGAGCCUUCAAGUUUUCACUGCUUCACUUACAACAUUCCUACUGGAAAGUGGACUGAAAUAAGUACCAUAUCUGAUGAUCCCGCCGGCUCCAGCCAUCGACUGUGGCAACUCUUUGUCUGGCAUUCUCACCACAAGGUCAUUUUAUUAGGCACCAUGACCAAAGAAAAUCAUCUGCCCAGCGUUCAAAGAUUCAGCAGUAUGUUGUGUGUUGCCCUUCCUAUGAUCAACGUCUUUCACAGAGCUCCUCAUCUGGCGCUGGGUAGAGAAAGAAGUGCUGCGAGUUCAGAUCAAGUUUCUCUUGGACACGACAGCUUCGAAGGGUACUCUCGGUACUCAGCGCCCCAAAUGGACAUCACUACUAUAGCACCCGUUUUCCCAUCUUAUGCGAUGGCUUUAGGUAAAGACUUUUUGGAGCUUUGCGGUCAGCAGUUAUCCGACUUUGAGAUAGUUACCGAAGACGGAGAUUCCGUGCGGGUUCCAAUUUUCUUGUUGAGAAAGCGAUGGGGGAGGUAUUUUGAUGACGUUCUUGCUCAUGGUUACGUCAGGUCGUCCAAAGAAUUUGAGUAUCAGAACAAAGAGAAUGUUUUUGCCAAAUUUUCCUCAAGUACUGGUAACUAUAGCGCUACUCCUACAAGUCACCACUUCGACAUCAUGAACCCGAGAAACUCAGAUAAUCCUUCCUCACAGGAAGCAUUUGAGGCUACAACGCCACAAAAUGAACGAUCUGAAGAAACACAGCUGCAGUACCCACUGAUAUCUAGAAAAUCAAGUCCAUUUUUCUAUGGCAACAAGUCUAGCACUGUCGAAAAUACCGACGUUUCACGAAAAGCAAACUCUCAAGAUAAGGCAGGCUCUCAAGAGAAAUCAAACACAGACACGUCAGUGCUUCCAAAAAUGCAUCACUCAAAAUCGGAUCCAUCCGCUAAUCUGGAGUUUCAACAUUCCGUUAAAAAUUCAAAAGACGCUGGCGAUAGCUUUAAAAAAGAUUCUUACUUUGACCCAAGUAAGACAACAAGCUCAUCUGGUGGUAUGGUAUUUCGUCUUCCUUUCCAAGAGGGCAGCGGCGGGUCUGCACUCCCCAUGCCAGUAUUGCAACCACUCAAUAACGAACCCAGCAGGCUGGAAAGUUUAGAAAGACAUCUAGGUCCAGCGGCCCGCAGAAAGUCGUCUACAUCGACUACGUUUGCGUUUGAUGGCGGUUUACGAGGUGGGCGUCGCGCAUCUCAUCCUAACUUUCAUCAUCUCGACGAAAAGCUGGCGGUAUCUCAGAGUCCUUUCGGCUCGCGGAAAGCAUCUGUUGCGUCUCAGAACAGUUCCAUAUCGUUUGUGAGCUCGUCUUCUGACAGGAUGGGUAAUCCUUCCAACCGCCGAACUUCCCAAGAUAGUGUUUUGAGCUCGUCUACCUUCAAUUCUUUGAGUUCUCAACUGCCACCCCUUCCCCCUAUGCCCACCGACCCUCUUCCUGCGGCACCACAUCAGCUUAAUUUCGAUGCGACCACGUCGUUUGCCUCGGCCAAGAACAGUCCAUAUUCAUCGAGGCGUUCAUCAUACUACCACGAUGCCUUACGUCCUGGACUGUCAUCUUCAAUCUCACAAUCACUUCUCGGCAUUAAUGAAGCUGUGGCAUCAGAAAAUAAUCCACUUCAUCAUCCAGAUCCUCACUUAAUGCGCAAGAGGUCAGUUGACAGGCAGCUUCUAGAGGACAAUUUGAUCGACGUCGAAUUAGAAGCGAGCAUUGAUCCUCAUCAAGGAUCAACUCCAACGACAGAGCAGAAAACACCAAGUCAGAGAAGCACUUUGAAGUCUAGAAUGGAGAGCGAAGAAAGCCGACCAUCGUACCUCUCACUGGCAGAUAGCAGCACAAGUAUUAACUUUAUUACAGAGCAGGAUUUAGAGCCCUUGCUUGUUCCAAGAUCGCUGUACAUGCCGUGGCCAACUUCGACCGUAAGGUCACUUAUUGAGUUUUUCUACACAGGUCAAGUGAAUGGCAAGUGGUUACUGUCGCCUGUCGCAUUGAAUUUACUGGUAAUGGCGAAAGUAUAUGAGAUUCCUCUUCUCUAUGACCUGCUAGCUGAAGCGUUCUACUCAAUUUUAGGCAAGAAGGAGGAAAGUUUGCUGGCAAUUGGAGAAUCGUUGAAGCGUUUCCUCAGCUCCAGAAAUACCAAGGGAGACACGGACUGCAUAGAUAUUCAAACGGCUAGCCAGGAGUUGCUUGAGCUCGAAGAAGCUCUCCAUGCAGUCGAUAAUGGAUUUUUCGAUGUGCAGCUUUUGAGACGAGUGCCGAGACUCAGUUCUGCUUGCAGCUCUGAAAGUGGUGAAUGGGGUACCAUCAAUAAGGAGACCAAGGAACCAUACUCACUGAAUGUACCGGUCCUUUUCGCAGAAGGACAUCGUGGUAGCAACAACUCUGGUGGGUCCAGUGUGACGCCAAACACGAAUACUGAUGGCACAGUCGAAUUUAACGCAUCAAAGGGAAAUGGGGCAAUGAAGAAGAACGCUGUAAGUAGAGGCGCAACUUACAGAGGUCCUGAGCACUCAGUAAAGGAUUCAGGGCACUCGACAAAGGAAAUAGGUGCGGAAAGUUUCGCCGAUCACCCAAGAAGUAAGGUUAUUACACAAGAGGCAAGCGAUAAAACAGAUAGAGAGAAUAAAGCUGAUAGAAUGGAGCAACAAAAGUUGAGCAAUAUGUCACAAAAUGUCAACUCCGAAUUCUCGACUCAAAUUAUCGACUUGAAACAUUCUGAAAGCCAUAAAGAUCUUCAGAGAGAACCUCGUGAAACGCCCAGCAGUGGUUUUACACCAAAGAAAGUCGUAGGAAAUGCAGGGGAAUUCAGAAAUGAUGGGUAUGAAGAAAGCCCCGAGGAUAAUGCUGCUGAAAGGAGAGUGGCGCGGAACGAGGAAACGAGUGCAGGGCUUCCUGAGAGCUCUACUUCAAGCUCCGACUCGGGUGAUCUGUGUGUCGGCUUUGGGCUCGCAUCCACUUCAAAGAUAGAUAAAAAGCUUCGUCAGCGCGAAGAGGAUAUGCCUGUUGAUCCGUUAUCCAAGAAAGUCGACUCCGAAAACUCGUCAUUGAAGAACAUCAUUGAUUUUUACAAGAAGGGAGAUCAUUUAAACAGGUCAGACGGCAACAGGCGAAAUGUGGAUAACCUGACACUUGCUAACAUGGCAUCUGCUAAUUCUCUACCGCCAGUCGAUUAUGUCGUUGAGCUGUUCCACGAGACUGCGACGUUGGUACAUGAUACACGCCUUAUUGUCAGAUGUGUUAGCGUCAUUGCUUUAUCAAAGAAGCUGAAGUUGUUGAAGCGGAAAGUGGAGAGCUGCUCCUUUUCGCGUGAAAGUGAUACCGCGCAUUCAGCCACACCCACUGAGAGUGAAUUCACGGGCUUGCCAAAUGAUCCCACAAAAUCUGAAGACCAUGCAACGAUCAGAGCGUCGUCAUCGAUGGAGAAGCUGCCGCGGGUGGAAUCCACCACGAGUCUUGACAGAAGAAGCCCCAUGACCAUCAAUGUGAAUACAGGAGGAACCCGUGCAGGCACAGCACCCGAAGGCGUUCCCAAGUUCGCUCAAUCGGACGCGAGUCUCCCUGAGAAGAGUGACGUGUCUUCGAUUGACACCAAAAGCGGCUCUAGACCGGCCAGAACUCAAAAGCUCAAGAGGGUGAACUCUAAUAUGGCAGGAACGGGUCUAACAGGUGCAGGUCUUUUCAUGACAGGGUCUUUUGGUCCUCCUGCGCCAAAGAUCAAGACGGACAAGUCUGGCCCUUCGUCAACGUCCAGUCCUACGUCAAAGAGUGGGAAGUCAUUUUUUGGCAAGCGCAAGUGA